AUGGAUCUUGCAGAUGAGUUAUUGCAUGAGGUUUUCGACCAGAGCGAUGUAGAUGACGUAGAUGAGAAAAUUCAGAAGCCUUUAGAAGGCGCUUUUUCUUUUUCGAAUGGUGAAAUGACGUUGAAAACUCAUGAAGAUAGGAAUUCAUCAGGUAUCACCAAAAAUUCUAGAAAAACAGAAAAGAAUGGCACUGAAAAAACUCAAUUAAGUAGUACAAAGAAGCUAUUUAAUGUACAUACUUUGUUAAAGUCGGAAUUUAUGAUUAAUAUUUUAAAUAAAAUCGAUGCUUAUAGCAAGAACCAAACAUUAUCUUUUCAAGGAAAUAUUGAAGAUCAUCCUGAAUAUCAAUUGAUAGUAGACUCUAAUAAUCUUGCGGUUGAAAUAGAUAAUGAAAUUAUUACAAUCAACAAAUUCAUUCGAGAUAACUAUUCACAAAGAUUUCCUGAACUUGAAUCUCUAGUUGUUAACCCAUUAGAUUAUGCAAAAACAGUACGAAUUAUUGGUAAUCAAAUGGAUAUUACGCAAGUAAAUUUAUCACAUCUCCCGUCAGCAACAGUAAUGGUGAUUACUGUUACAAAUUCUACAUCUGAAGGAACUCUUUUGCAACAAAAUAAACUCGAUAUGGUGUUUGAAGCAUGUGAUUUAACACUGGAACUAGAGAGUGCGAAAAAAAAGAUUCUUGAAUAUGUUCAAUCUAGAAUGAAUUUGAUUGCGCCAAAUUUAUUGGCUAUAGUAGGAUCUACCACUGCAGCAAAGCUUAUAAGUGUAGCAGGUGGUUUAGCAGGUCUGGUUCGAAUGCCAGGAUGUAAUAUUUCGGCAUUAGGUGCAAAACGUCAAAGUCAAACAGGAUUUUCAAGUACUAUUGGUAUUCGACAUCAGGGUUUUCUUUUUCAUUCAGAAAUUUUACAAAAAGUUCCUCCUGAUUUAAGAAAACAGGCAUUACGUAUUAUUAGUUCGAAAAUUGCCUUAGCAUCUCGAGUAGAUCGAUUACAUCAAAGUCCAGAUGGAUCUAUUGGCGCUUCUUUAAGAGAGUAUAUUGAAAAACGGUUGGACAAGUUAUCACAGCCAAAUCCAUCUAAAACUGUAAAGGCUUUGCCUGCACCAAAUGAUGCAAUAAAAAAGCGUCGUGGUGGACGACGUAUGCGAGCAAUGAAGGAGAGAUAUCAAAUGACAGAACUCAGAAAACAGCAAAAUAGAUUAGCAUUUGGCAAGCAAGAAUUAGAAGUGAGUAUUAAUGAUGAAAUGGAAGGUAUGGGUAUGAUUGGACAAGAUGGGCAAUAUCGAAUCAGAGCACCCAUUAUAGACAGUCGUUCUAAAGCAAAAGUGGGCAAGGCUAUAAAACAUUUUGCAUCAUUCAGUCAUAAUAGUGGAACAGCAACAAGUGGUUUAGCAAGUAGUGUUGUUUUUGGUAGUAAUGUUGGCAUGCAGCUAAUCAAUCCGGAAUUAUUAUCAGCACCCAAAACAACUGAAUCAAAUGACUGGUUUAAGGGAGGAACGUUUACACAAGUUCAUAAACCUUAAAUUACUAAGUCAAUUUCCGUCAUAAAUAAGUUCUUAUUAUAAAAUACACAAAGAAAAAUAAAAUAAACGUUAUAUUUGAUCUUUUUCCUUGACAAAUCCUUCUCCUAAGAGGGGUCCAAUGGGAGAUCGGACAGGUAUAUACAGGUCUUUUUUUGUGGACGAAACACCGAAAAUUUUCUGUCGAGCUUCUCUAUAUCGCUGUUCUUUUUCUCGCUGACCUUGUUCCGAUUCAGUAGAUAUGGGUUUCUGGGGCAAUACAGUAGAAGCAGAUGAAUUAUAUAAAUGAUCAACAGAACGCCUAAGGAUCUUAAGAGAUGGUUUAUAUACUGUUCGCGGUGAAUUUAAGAUUUCUACAUCUGGAACUUGUUGAUUACUAUAUUUCCUCAGAAAAAAAUAAUAAACAUAUAAAAACAAGAUAUAUUUACGCUUCUUUCCAGAGGCGCACAUUAUCUUCAUGGGUUGUUUUUUUGUUACAAGAUAAAUCUGCUUUAUCAUUGGGAAAUCCCUUAGAAAUUAGCAAAAAAAAGCGGGAAAAGAGGACAUACCACUAUUCGGUUUUCGUUUUCCCAUUCAUCCCAUAAAUCUGGCACUUUUUCUUGGUAUUUUUGGUCAUUCAUGGCAGUUCAUG